AUGCCCUAUACCCUAUGACAAACAGAACAUACAAUUGCAGUUAGUUAACGCCGCUUGUCUGUUAAUAACUACAUUUAACGUACAUCCGUUACUCUGCAAUAGCCUAAAUUCUCCCACCCAAACAAAACGCCGGCGAAGAAAUGGUGACCGUCGAGGAGGUCAGAAAGGCGCAACGCGCCGAGGGUCCGGCGACCAUUCUGGCCAUCGGAACGGCCACGCCGGCCAACUGCGUCGACCAAAGCACCUACCCCGACUACUAUUUUCGUAUCACUAAUAGCGACCAUAUGACCGACCUCAAGCAAAAAUUUCAGCGCAUGUGUGAUAAAUCAAUGAUCACAAAGAGAUACAUGCACUUAACCGAGGAAAUAUUGAAGGAAAACCCAAGCUUUUGUGAAUACAUGGCGCCUUCUUUGGAUGCCAGGCAAGACAUUGUGGUGGUGGAAGUCCCCAAACUUGGGAAAGAAGCCGCCCAGAGCGCCAUCAAGGAGUGGGGCCAACCAAAGUCCAAGAUCACCCACGUCAUCUUCUGCACCACCAGCGGCGUCGACAUGCCCGGCGCCGACUACCAGCUCACCAAGCUCCUCGGCCUCCGCCCCUCCGUCAAGCGCCUCAUGAUGUACCAGCAAGGCUGCUUCGCCGGCGGCACCGUCCUCCGCGUCGCCAAGGAUCUCGCCGAGAACAACAAAGCCGCCCGCGUCCUCGUCGUCUGCUCCGAGAUCACCGUCGUCACUUUCCGCGGCCCCAACGAGACCCACCUCGACAGCCUCGUCGGCCAGGCGCUGUUCGGCGACGGAGCCGCCGCGAUCAUCGUCGGCUCCGACCCCACCCCCGCGGAAAAGCCGCUGUUCCAGCUCGUCUCCGCCGCGCAGACGCUCGCCCCCGACAGCUGCGGCGCCAUCGACGGCCACCUCCGGGAAGUGGGCCUCACGUUCCAUUUACUCAAGGACGUCCCCUCCAUUGUCUCGAACAACAUCGAGAAAUGCUUGUCGGAGGCGUUUAAUCCUCUGGGCAUUUCCGACUGGAACUCCAUUUUCUGGAUCGCCCAUCCCGGAGGGCCGGCGAUUCUGGACCAAGUGGAGGACAAGUUGGGGCUAAAACCUGAAAAACUCCGAGCGACACGACACGUGUUGAGCGAGUACGGGAACAUGUCCAGCGCGUGUGUUUUGUUCAUUCUGGAUGAGAUGCGGAAAGCCUCGUCCAAUGAUGGGCUUGGCACCACCGGCGAAGGGCUCGAGUGGGGUGUGCUGUUUGGGUUUGGGCCCGGGCUUACAAUCGAGACCGUUGUCCUCCAUAGCGUCCCAGCUUAAGUCCGGCCCAAAUAUUAUCUGUUUUCUACCAUUUAUCGUUUGUUAUAUUCUUAUGAAGUUUGGAAUUUGUAUUAAUAUUGGUUUAUAUUUUAUAAACCACUAUGUUUGGUAUGUGUCAAUAUGUAUUUCUAUUCAAAGUCAUGAACAACUUUUUUUUUUCUUUUUCUAUGUACACUUCAUUGGUAUAUGUAUCUCACAAGAUAAGACUAAUAUAAUUAAGUGUUAGUC